AUGAUAAGUAAAAGAGAAAUAGAAUAGCUCUAAAAAGAGAUACUCUAUCCGACCUAUUUCGACAAGUACCACAACGUUAAAAUUAAGGAUUUGACUGUGCAUGAUAAGUACAAUCAGAUUUUACAGGUGGCCCUAAAGACCCAGAAUAAUUAGAAGAAGAUAAAGUCGCUUAGUUAGGCUAUAGACAUGCAAAAGUCCUUAUAGAAAUUGUUAAGACAUGGUUUUAACGCUACAAAUAUAGAGGUAGACGAUAUACAUCUAAUGAGAAGAAUGUAAGAUAAUGAUUAAGAACGUAAAGCAAAGGAAUUUCUUUAAAACAAUCCCACAUUAGUUGAUGAGCUAGUACAAGGUUAUUACAAUAAACAUAACAGAUUGACAAAGAAAAAUGUGAUUCGUUUGUUCGGACCAACUUAGAGAUAAGUGAUUGAGGAUGAAAGAGAAUAGGAAAGACUUGAAAAAUUGGAAAAAGAAAACCCUAUAAGAGGACCAAAGAAGCAUAGUUCGACUUCUGAUAUUUUCGGUGGACUUGCAAGAACUUCUGAAAGCAAGUAAAAUUAGCGAAGAGCCAGCAUAGCUAAUAAUAAUCUAAGCAUAAAAUAUCUAAGUCAACAUCAAUAGAAAAAAUUGAUGAAGUUACAGGAGUAACUUGGUGAAAUGGGAGAUGUCAAAAACCUUGAUGACUAUUCAUUGGCAAAUCAAUACUCAAAGAAAUCCUAUUGCUCCUAUAGGUCAACUAAAAAACUCAAUGUUCUUUAAACUUUCGAAUAAAACGCUUAUAAAAAUAAAAUAUCUAGGCUAGAUACCAUAUACAAGCGAGGUUAGUAUUUGAAAAUGAUGCAGGAGAAAUAGGAGUAAGAAGAAAGAGAAAAAUAAAGAUAAAAAUUAGAAGAGGAAAAAAAGUAACUAGAGAAAGAAGCAGCCGAGGCUGAAGCUAAUUCAAAGAGGACCUUUCCUAAUUAGCACAAGUCAAGGCUAAUGAAAGAUUUGUCUAAGCAUGACUUCGUCUUAACUAGAGUGUCUCAGAAAUUGGUAAAAGCUUCUACUAAUGUCAAGUCAAUAGAUCAAAUAGUAAAUGAAAUAGUCCAAAAAGAGGAUAAUAAUCUAAAGAAGGCUAAAUCUGAAAAGGAAAAGGAAUUUAUGAAGCGAAAUUUUUUGAUAAUGGAAAAACUUGAUUUUACUAAGAAGUUCUUUGAACCUAUAUUAGAAGAAAAAGAUUUACACGGUGAUAUUAUGGUCAAAUCAAAAGUACCGAGGCAUAUUAUUCAUAAAAUGAAUAUAUAGAACAGUCCAGGAAUUGUAGCUGGGAUAGACAAAGAGCAUGCAUCAUCUCCAGAUUUCAACAAACAGUAAUAGAAGUUUUUUGGGGAUAUGCUUUUCAGAAAAUAAAAUCCAGAUUUCUUCCUUACAUCUAUUCAAGAAAUGGAAAAGAAAAAAACACUAAGGGAGAGCAUGAUGAAUUUAAAUGCAACUGAGGAAGAUAACAUAAGUCCAAGCAAGAUGAGUCCAUAUUUAAAUCCAUUCAAAGCUAUAUUUGGAGAUGUAAACGUAAACUCAAGACUAUAGAGAGCUCUCAGUAAAAAUCAAAUAUUGAAAUCUGAUAAGAUACAGCUCAACUUUAAUGACUCUAACAAAUAGGAAAUGAUAACUCAAUACACAAAUAGUGUACCCUUGUCUUGCAAGGCAUAGUCAUAAGUAAGCAAAAAGAGGCCUCUUAAUCACUCCAAGGUAUAUAAAACUCUCAUAGAUGAUUCAAAGUUAUCAAAUAAUCUCUACAAAACAAGCUCCCAUUUUUCCACGACUAAGUUGGGAGAUAGGCAAUAGAAUAUGCAAAAAGUAAAGGAUUUGACUGGAAUAAUUUGGAGUUGUGCAAAUCAGUUAGAUUCUAAUUAAGCAGAAAGAAAGACCUUCUUCUCUGUUGAGAAAUACACAAAGCAGGAGUUCAGAGAACUGGAGGAUAAAUUUGAAACUAUACAUGGUGUCAAUGACUUGCUAAAUGAACUCUGA